GGGGCGGGGCUUGUAACAGGAACCCGGAAAAAGCACGUAGAUAAACAUAGCUUGUAGGGGAAUGGAAUGAGAAGCCCAACUGAAGGUAUAUUUUGUAAUAUUUAGAAAUACAUAAAUCUGUAACAAACGGAAGCUUUUUAGACGCUGUGGGAAGUGAUGGCAGACUCUUCAUCUGCUUCCUUCAGUAUAGAAGAAUUUUCUGAAGAGGAAAAGGGAGAAAAACUUCCCAAUACAGAUCCACCUCUGUAUGUGCCAGACCAGAAUAUGAGUCGGAGUUCAACGAAUCUACAAAGGCAUCAAGGAAAGGAAACCCGGUCCCGCACUGAGUCCGCGUCUGAGUCAUCUGAAACAGACAAUAUGGGGGAGCUCCAUCAGUUUCGCACACGCUCUCGCUCUGCACCUUCCUCGCUUCUGGUUGCUGCUCGCUAUGGACGAGAGCUUAGACGUAUGAGUGAUGAGUUUGACCAAACAUUUAAGGGCCUGCCUCGUCCAAAAAGUGCCGGUGCAGAAGCUCAAUUGUUUGGGAAAAGGAAUAUAGGAGAAAUGUUCAUGACUUUCUGGGGAUGGAGGAGAAGUAAAGGAAAAAAAGAAGUCACAGAUGAUGUUAUGUAAUUGACUCCAUUAUGUGGAGACUUUGCAAAAAUCUGGUAUGUAGCGGCAGCAGCGGUUUUACUCAAAGUAUACCUCCCAUUGACACUCUGGAUGUAAUGCUAAAGUACACAUUAUUUUGGGAAAUGUACAAA